AUGGCAGCCGACGUCCCGAACUCUCUGAACUGGCUGUCAUUCGUGACCGGGAUCCUAGGCUUUGCCCUGACGACACUCAACUUGAUCGCAUUGUACGCCAACUUCGUCGCCACAAUCCGCGCUGCGCCUAGCGAGAUCCGUGACUCUCUGGGCAACCUUCGACAGCAGCUGUGCGAAGAACGCGAGGCGCUGCGUCACCAAACGAAAGAGAUCAGGGGCAAAAGCAAACUACGACAGAAGAUUUCUCACAUCGGAGAAAAGAAUGCCAACGCCGAGGCACGCAGGGCGCUGGAGUAUGCAGAGAAGACGCUGCCGCUGCAUUACAUGACGCUCCGCGACCUCUGGAGAACAUUCAAGGAACUUGAAAGACCAUUCUUGGUGGCGAGCGGGCACCGAGCCGAGGCGAUUCACAACGGGGCUUCGUGGGGCGAGAACGACCUCGACGAGAAGGUCCGCAGCGACUUUGAGAAGCAUGGUGAAAUGGGGAGUUUUGCGGACUGGAGCGCGUUGUACAAGUGUGACUUUGCGCAUCGCUUCAUCUGGUGGCAAGUGAAGGAUUCUGUGAAGAAGUUAGGAGACGAGGUCAUGAGAGUCAUGGCAAGGAGGACGGAGAGGGAGGUUACGUAUACUCGAAUGAUGGGGCCCGAGACGGCCUGGAGACGGUGGCGGAGGUGGAGGUGCAAGAAGGAGGAUGAGUUGGGGUUCCUCGAUACCAGCCAAGAGGAGGACGCCGCAGCCAAGGUACGAAGAGUCUUCUUCUUCCUCUCGGCAAAGCAGCGAUGA